AUUUCUAGUGUGGUUUCAACAUAAAGAUAACUACAGCAUGGAUCGAGGGAGUUAAGCUAGUUGUUAAUAUAGCUUGACUAUAGUAUUCCUCAUUUGAUAUUGAAUGCAACAAACUAAAAGGUCACCAGACUUUUGACUACUUGAUCUGAUUCCUUUCGUAUUUUUCUCCGCCGGAUUAUUACAAUGCUGGCUAAUGAACGAUUGCGUUUCAAGCUUCAUUCUCUCAACUAUCCGGUGUACGACGCUUUCGAUGUUUCAGACUUGGCGAAUGUACGCAAUGUGAUCGUGUGGCUGGAGGAUAGGCUUAUUCGAGCUCUUCCUGCUGAAGCGAGAUUGCGUGACGUACAAUCUUUGGAAUGGACAAGCUAUCUAAAUAAGUACCUUCAGGCAGUAAAGUGCCCUUUUAAUGAAUCGAAUUCUUGGGCUAUGUUGGAUUGGCUUCUUAGCAAAGCACUACUAUUGGAAUACAACUCAUCUAGAAAUACUCAACACAACAAUAUAUCUGAGAACCCUACUCUUUCCACGAACGCUUUUAAUAACAUAGAUGCUAACAGUGAUGAGUUUAAGGAAAAUGUUUUAAAGAUGGCUAAGUUAUUGCAGAUUCCUGUCCAUCCGGAUAUCAAAAUAUUAUUUAAGGCCGUCUGUUUAGUUAUCGAACAAAAACUUGAGGUAAAUAUAUUGACCGAUGCUAUAAAGGAUUAUGGGACAUCUAAAGUGAGUUGUUCUCAAGUAAACUUAUGUAACCUUUCAUCAGCUUUCAGAGUAUUCUUUUAUUCUCUUAUUGGUGACUUAAUUGGAAAAAUUGUUUUGCAUACAGUUCCCGUCUUUUAACAAACUUUAUUACAAUCACUCAUAAUACAAUCCCAUGGGACAAUAUAAGUUUGUUUAUGUGAAAGUCUAUUCUUUGUAAUAUUGAAGUAUUAGGCUAAGUAGGAUGUCCUUUCCUUACGACUUGUAUGUAUGAGGUUUAUACAACUGAUGAGAUUAAGUGGGGAAUUAUUUUCUAUUGGUCAAUCUUCUGUAAAUAGAUACCAGAUGGUGAUAAAGUUGGUGUUAUUAGUUAGGUUCUAUCGGUCAAGAGUCUGGUCUAAUCAGUUAUGUAGUUAGAAUGAUAGAACGGUGAAUUCAAUUUGGAUUUUAAUGUUUAGAAGUAUUUUGGGGGAAUUUUCAGUUUUGUUUCAAGUAUACAACCGUGUAUGGGGUAAUUGGGUAUAUAAUCUCAAUAAAACUCAUGGCACUACAGAAAUGUCGAUAUGCUCAAGCUUGAUGAUGUAUGUCUUGGAUUUAGUGUUAAAGAUCCUCUUGUAAAGGCUGCAGCUAUUGCGUUAAGACUGCUAAAUAUAGAUCGGCUACGAAAAUUACAAAACCAAGCAAACGCUAGCAUAGUGCAUGUUCAAAAAUUGACAGCAGAUCCAAAAACUGACGAAAGACUUGGGAAAGUUGGCUUUUAAUUUUUUUUUUUUAAAUGAAUAAUUUGUUGAAUGAACAGAUUUCUCCAUUAAACAAUAUAUUGUGAUCUGAAAUUAUUACUUUUGAAGUGGACUUAUUUCAGUCUUACGAUAGCUGAAUAUUGUUUAUACAGUUAUUUCAUAAUGUCUCCUUUGUUUUCGUAGAAAAGCCACAAACUCUCAGGUUUGUAUCGUUUUUUUCCUCGAUGCGGAUGUCCGGAAAACUAGUUAUUGUCACUUUUUAAAGAUGAAGCCAACAUUCUUAUCAGAGAAUUGAUUAAAGUAUUCAAUAAAGUAUAGUGGUAAAGCAUCAUACUAGUAGUCUGCCAUUACCUAUAUUUCUAGUCUGCAACUAGACUUUAACCAUCUAGCUGUUAAGCAAUGCAUUAUGUACAUAUCACAAACUAAUAAACUGAAACGGAUUUUGUAUUUUACUUAAACUACUUUUCCAACCGACCUAAACAUAUACACUAAAUGUAGUCGCACCUAACACUAAUAGUGAGUAUCGAAAGCAUAAAAACAACUUUUAUAUCAUAUUUAA